AUGCCUCGCCCCGCAAAGCUGCGGCGUCGAACCCCUUUGGAUGGUAUGUCUGAUGAGGGGGCUGCAGCCUUCAACCAAUUUAAGGAAGAUGCUUGGGAUUUGAAGAACAGCACUGAUUUGAAGUCUCGCGUCGUUGGGAUUGGGUCUUUAGUUGUGUGGUGCGGUGACAAGGGUGACACCACUUGCCAAGAGACCAUUGUUGCCAACAAAGAGCUCGUUGGAAUCUUUACCCGAUGCCUCAAGAUGUCCAAGAAGCUUACCCAGCAGAUCAAACGUUUGAGAAGCCGGUCUGAAACACAAAGGAACCCGCUGAUCCAAGCCAUGGCUGACGAUCUUAAGAGCGAUGAUGCUGAGGAUGAUGCUGAGCCUACUGAUCCCGAAAGUAGCUCCUCCGAACUUGAGAUCCCUUCACUCGAGGGUUUGGAUUCCUCCUCAGAAGGGGCCCCGGCGAUUCCAGUUGGUGGUGGCAUGGCUGCAGCGCCAGCUGCUGUUGUUGAGGUGCCAUCCGCUGCUGAGGCGACAAUGCUUCCAGCUACUGGCCCCUCUCAAGGUGAGAUUGUGGCGACCUCUGCUGAGACCAGGUUCACAAAGGAGGAUCGUACAACCCCUUCUUGUGCGAGGAUGGAAGAUUCCCAAUUUCCAAUUGGCUAUGACCCUGUCACCAACCCCUCACUUUCCCACCCUGAGCUGGGAGGUGUUGAGAGGAAAGUCCUUAUGCUGAAGGACCGGCUGAAGAGCAAAAGUCGAAGGGCUGUCCCAUCCCCUUCUGUUGACACGAUGGCAACAGUGCCGAUGGCAGACAAUGCAGUCAUUGAGAUUGAAGAUGAAGAUGACGAACCUAUGGCCUCUGCUGCUCCUUCACCCACCGGUUUGGGCGAAGCUGCUACGGCAGAGAAUUGCCCCACUGUUCCAGAGCAUGUGGGGGAGGCGGAGGCUUCAGAAGGGAACAAGAGUGUGGAUGAAGGUGAAGCAUCGCCUAAGCUUGUUAGGCGGGAGGAGCAACGGGCACUUCGUAGUUCCAAAGGCCGUGGGCGAGGACGCGGCCGUGGACGGGGCAAGGAGAAGGAAGUUGAUGGAGAUUUGCCUUCUGAAGGGGAGGCACCAGCCCCUGCUAGUGUGGAAGGGAAUCAAAAACCAAAAGCAAAGAGGGCCCCCAGAAAGCGCAAAGAUCCUGCAACCCCGGACAAAAACGGGGAGAGUGGGUGCAGUGAGUUGGCCUUGCCCAAGGCCAAGGCAAAGGCAAAGGCGAAUGCCAGACAAUCAAGGGCCAAGUCCAAGGCAGGUGUGGAACCAAAGGUUUUGGGGCCUGUUUUGGACGAAGCUUCAAUGGAUCCCCCUCCUGAACGUGCAGCUCCUUCUGCGCCAGCCCUUCCCAAAGCGAAAGCCAAGGCCAAGGCCACAGCGGCUAAGGCGCAGCCGAGGAGGUCAAACGGGAGGGCCAAGUCAAGGAGUGCCAAUGCACCAGUGGAGAUCAUGAACGAAGAGAAGAAAAUGUACUUGAAACCGCUGAUGAAGUCGAAUGACAUCUACCGCCUUGAGUCUUAUUGGACCCGCACUACUUGUGGUGUCCGCCGAAGGGUGGAUGACAAGCAUAUGUUUUUGGCAUCUGAACCCAAGAUGUUGACCAAUAUCAAAAUUUGCAACUAUGUGGCUGCGUGGCUCGCCGAGCACCAUGACGAGCCUGAUCUUCUAUCUCCUGAGUUGGCUGAGGGAGUCGAGAAGAUAAUUUCGAAUUCUGCAGAAGAUUGA